CAGCACACCCUCCUCCGCAUCCCAACCCCCGCCGGCCGGCCGCCGCCUGCAAAUUACAAGACAGCCAGCAGAGAAGCAUGUCGGGCGUGUGGGUGUUCCGGAACGGCGUGGUGCGGCUGGUGGAGAACCCGACGUCGGGGGCGGCGGCGGCGGCGUCGGGGAAGCGCAAGGCGCUGCUGCACACGCCGUCCGGGGAGGUGGUCUCCUCCUACGCCUCGCUGGAGCGCAAGCUGGCGGCGCUGGGGUGGGAGCGCUACUACGCCGGCGGCGGCUGCGGCGACGGGAUGCUGCUGCAGUACCACAAGCGCACCUCCGUGGACCUCAUCUCGCUGCCCAAGGACUUCGCCCACUUCGGCUCCGUCCACAUGUACGACAUCGUCAUCAAGAACCGCGACGCCUUCCGCGUCAUCGACGCCUAGGAUCGAUGAUGAUGCCCAUAUAGCUACUACUUCUUGCUGCUCGCUUGAUCGCUCGCUUGCAUCAUCAUCAUCUUCAUCGUCGGUCAUCGAGCUAGCCUUCUUGCAUCUACAUAUCUAAUUAAGCUAGUGUGUACGUCUGAUCGAUAGAUCAUCAGUUUGUACGUUCGUUCGUACAUAUGUAUGCAAUCUUUCACGUAUACGUGUAGUGUACGCGCGCGGCUUGCCGACGUAUAUUUGUACGCGCCUGCAUAUAGGGAGUAGUCAUUGAUUUGGUUGCCGUGGUCUCCUCCUACGCGUGUGCAUCCAGUAUGGUAUGUAGUAGUACUGAGUUUUUUUUUUGUUUUCAAAAUAUAAGUAUUACUGAGUUUUCAGUGGUUGUUUUCUUUUUCCCUGCCUUGCAUCUCAUCGUGCGUGCAAGUGUCGACUGAACCUACGUGUGGAAUCAUCCGUUCUUGCGAUGUUUCUUUGUCACCUUUCAAUUUUUCUAUAAAAAAAAGAGUGUUU